AUGGACGAUCCAGCAUUCGAAGUCGAGGUAGACACCAAUACCCAAGAAAUCCUCCUCCACGCCUCAAACCACGACGUCCUCGCUCUCAAACCAUUCCUUCGCAUCCCGGGAAAUGCAUCGGUGCAAGAUGCAGAGACGGGAUUCACGCCUUUGCAUGCGACGAUUGCUGCUUGUGGGCCUGCUACCUCGACUAUACAUACAAAUGAGAAGGGGAAUGGGGAUGUAGAGAAUGGGGAUGGGAAGGAGCAAGAGGUAGACAUGGAGAAAGCAAAGAAUACGGUUAAAGAAUUGUUCCUGAGUGGUGCGAUAUGGAAUGAUCUCGACAGUAAUAAUGAAACGCCUGGGUGUUUGGCUUGGAGAUUGGGAAGGAAGGAGUUGUAUGAGCUUUGUGUUGAGGCGGGGGCUAGGGCCGAGAUGUUGUUAGGUUUGAUGGGGAGGUAUGAGGUUCUUGAUUCGGGGUCUGAGGAGGAGGAGGAGGAUGAGGAGGAGGACGAUGUGGAAGUGGUGGAGGGAGAUGUUGAGAUGGAGGCUGGGGGUGAGGAUACCAAGAAAGAGUCCACGGAGAAUGGAGAGAAAGAAUCGACUAAACGCGAUGUCAACUCGAAGGAUUACCUUGCUUCAACCCUCAAGUUUGAAGAUGGGAAAUUGCUGGAUGGAGAUAAUAAUGGUGUGAUGAUGGCUUGGGAAACCGAGAUCAUGACCCGAUCCGUCGCCUCUCUUCUUCCACCUUCCUUCUCUACCGGUCAAAGAAUCCUUAAUAUCGGUUUCGGAAUGGGCAUCAUCGAUCGCAUGUUCGCGGCUUCCAACCCUACCAUCCACCACAUAAUCGAAGCCCACCCCUCCGUCCUCAGCAAACUCGCCGACCCAGACCACGAUUUCGGCCCCAAAUGGGAAAGCAAGUCAGGAGUCGACAACAAAAUCCACGCCGGGAAAUGGCAAGAUAUCGUGCCUAGACUCCUUGAACAAGGCAUGGUGUACGAUGCCAUCUACUUCGACACGUUCGGCGAGGAUUACAGCCAACUUCGAAAUUUCUUCACCGAAUACGUACCGGGACUUCUUGAUGAAAGUGGGAGAUUUGGAUUUUUUAAUGGACUUGGGGCGGAUAGACGGGUGUGUUAUGAUGUUUAUACUAAGGUUGUGGAGUGUGAUUUGAGUGAUGCGGGGUUGGAGGUUGAGUGGGAGGAUGUUGUGGUUGGGAAGUUGGGAGAGGAGGGGGAGGGGGAGUGGGAGGGGGUGAGUAGGAGGUAUUGGGUGCUUGAGGGGUAUAGAUUGCCGACUUGUAGGUUUUUACAGUAG